AUGCUACUACCUUUGUCACUCCUCCUUGGCCUCCUCCCUUGGAGUCCCAGUGCAUCAUGGGCCGCUAAAGUGAUCGUGGUCCCACCCAUCAUGUUUGAAUCACACCUCUACAUCUUCAAGACUCUGGCCACGGCUCUACACCAGGAGGGCCAUGAGACUCAUUUUCUAAUUUCAGAAGGUCGUGGCGUGCCCCCCUCCCCUUACUACCACUUACAGCGCUACCCAGGGAUCUUUAACAGCACGACAGCUGACAAUUUCCUCCAGUCUAAAGUCAGCAACAUCUUCUCAGGCCGCCUGACGUUUCUUGAACUGUUUGACAUUCUUGACCACUACUCCCAGAACUGUGAUGCUGUUGUUGGCAGUGUUGAAGUAAUGACCCGCCUGAAGGAGGCCAAGUUUGACCUGCUGCUGGUGGACCCUAAUGAGAUGUGUGGUUUUGUGAUCGCUCAUAUCCUGGGUGUGAAAUAUGCCGUGUUCAGCACAGGGCUGUGGUACCCUGCGGAGGCGGGCGCCCCAGCCCCGCUUUCAUAUGUUCCCGAAUUCAACUCAUUGCUGACAGACCGCAUGUCUCUGGUCCAGAGGAUCGCCAACACAGCUGUUUACCUGGUGCAGCGCUUUGGAGUCCGUUAUAUUGCAUUACCCAAGUAUGACCGGAUUAUGAAGAAACACGGAGUGAAGCCUCAAGUGGCCAUGUCUGACUUGGUGCAGGGCAGCCGGCUGUGGAUGCUGUGCACUGACAUGGCUCUGGAGUUCCCCAGGCCCACCCUGCCACAUGUGGUGUACAUAGGAGGCAUCCUUACCAAGCCCCCCAACCCACUACCACAGGAUUUUGAGGCCUGGGUGAAUGACACAGCGGAGCAUGGCUUUGUGGUUGUGUCGUUUGGAGCUGGGGUCAAGUACCUUUCCCAUGACAUUGCUCACAAACUUGCAGGAGCCCUCGCCAGGCUGCCCCAGCGUGUCGUCUGGAGAUUCUCUGGAGUUCCACCCAGUAACCUUGGCAACAACACCAAGCUUGUUGAUUGGAUGCCUCAGAAUGAUUUAUUAGGCCACGCCAACACAAGGGCCUUCCUGAGCCAUGGUGGCCUCAACAGCAUCUACGAGGCCAUGUAUCACGGGGUGCCGGUGGUAGGUGUGCCCCUCUUCGGAGACCACUAUGACACUAUGACUCGUGUGGCAGCCAAAGGUAUGGGUAUCAUGCUACACUGGAAGUACAUGACAGAGGAGGACCUAUACACAGCCCUGACCAGCGUCAUCAAAGACACCAGGUACCGCCAGCAAGCACACACUCUUUCCAACAUUCACAAAGACCAGCCAGGCCACCCUGUGACCAGGGCCGUCUACUGGAUCAGCUACAUCCUACGUCACCACGGUGCCGACCACCUGCGCUCCGCCGUGUACGAAGUGUCCCCCUACCAGUACUUCCUGCUGGAUGUGAUUUUCACUGUAGUGGCUGCCUUGGCUCUGACCGUCUUUGCUCUGCGACGGUUGGUACGAGUGCUGAGGGGGAAGGCCGGUGACCAGAGCAGUGGAGGUAGCGUCACCAUGGAUGAUGGUAACAUGGCCAAUGGACAUUGUCAUAGCGAGAGCAUAGCCAAUGGGAAACACAAACGCAAUGGCUCUUUGAAAAACGAGAAGAAGAUUAACUAAUGUUUUAAAUAGCCAAGAGGGACGAGGAAGAAGUUGCCCCAAGGACUCCGCUCUAGGUUUUGUUAAGUGGUUUUAUAAAAGCUUUGAGAGAAAGCGGUUAGGUCUGUGUCAAGAGGCAACUGCUACUCAGAGCGAGCAAGAGGCUGUAGGAGGAUACACAAUGCUUCGUGUGGGGACAGAACAAGGCAUCGGGUGCUCAAAAUCUGUGUUUGUGUGUGUGUGUGAGUGUAUGUGUAUGUGUGUAUUGAGGCGAAUUUAAAGAAAACUCUUAACAAAAGCAGCUACAGCAAUACAACAACAAAUUGGAAAGUCAUUGAGGAUGAAACACAGGAAAGACACAUUGGGAGCAAAUUGUUUCUUCAUGUGCGUCAUCUCUCCUGCAUGAUCUCUGUUGUCUUCCUGCCUUCUUUACCAAUGAAAGGAUGAUGAAGAGGGGAAAUCCUGAGCGCCAACCCCUCAUCCUCGGAACAAAGCAAGAAAAUAAACGGAUAACUUUUCAAAUAGUUAGGAUUUAAUGUUUUUAACUGCAAACUGCUUGUGUCUGGUAUAUUGUAAAUGGAGGACAAAUCUAUUUAUUUCUGUACAAAUGCAUUUUAAUGAUGACCAUUUUAACCUUAUCUUAUUUUUAAUUUAUUUCAUGUAUCAUGUGUGAUAGCAUUAUGGUAGAUGUACACUUCCUCUAAGCUAACACUGACACAACAUUGUGUGCGUCAUAUAGGUGAAACAAACAUAACACAGACAGACAGCCGCGGUGAUUAUAAUUCUGCACUUGUCUGUGCUUUCUCCAGUUGCAUUAUCCACAGUAUUCGUGGUGGUCUUGUUUUCAAACUAAUCAUGUUCAAUUUUUCCCAUUUCACAUGGUAGGGCCUGUGACUGCACUAUAUUUGUUCUGGUAGAGAAUAACAUACCUGGACUCUUGUUUGGCUUAUCAGUGUGCAAAGGGUGAUCAUGUUACCAUCAAAACGCAUAAUAACGAUGACUACCAAGGAUACUGUGGAUAGGCACAUACUGCACAUCCAGUCAGGUGAUCAGGGAUGAGUCAGAGCAUUAUUGAUUUAUGACUACUUGCUCCGUCAGUCCCAUAUCUUAAUUCUGCAUCCCUCAUCUAUUUAUUAAUUAGUAAGGAUUCAUCACUCGAUUGCUAUUUUUAGCGCUACUUUGUACAUCGUUCCUAUAUGAUUCAUUUGAAGGAUCAUUUCUAACAUGUUGCAAAAGCUAGUUAUAAAUUACACAGUUCAGGUAGAAAUCCAUCCAAUGCUUCUCUUCAGCAAAAUAUAGUCUGUUAGAUAUAGCUGUUGAGGUAUAAACUAGGUAGACUUAUGUAAUUAUACUAACUUUGAGUCUGAAUGAUUAACAUUCUGUAUGUGGCCUUUUAUAAUGCAAAUAUUUGUGUAUGCAGAAUGCUUGAAUACAUGUGUGCGUGUUGCUGUUUCAAUGCUUGUGUUUUAGAUCACUGUACAGCUUUAGACUGACGAUAUGGAUGAAACAAGGCACAUGAAGUAUGUUUUUGCCCACUGAGAGAUGUUAAAACAACUAUUGGCUUCUCUGCCGUUCUCUGAAGUCAUCAUACUGAGUACUGUGUAUGCCCAUGCAAUGGAUUCUGUUUUCAAUGUUUGAUUCAAUGUUUUCUUUCAAUAAGAGCGAAGUUGACUUCUGUAGCUUAUUUAUCAUCUUAUGUGUCAAUCCACUCCAAUUUAUUUUACUCUUGUUUCUUGGCCACUGUGUCAAUUUACUCUUAAUGCAGAUGGAGGAAAGGUGUAAUGAGGGUGAAAGAGUGACUUAGUUCCGACAACAAAGGUGAACCUUACUACUUCUACAAUGAAUAGUACCGUGUCAAAGUGACACUCAUCCCCGCAGCGAAAUUUCUUUUCUUGAACCUCCAUCGAGGAGAUCAAAGUAGAGGGCGAGCUGGAAGAGUAUCUUUGGAGUUUGUGGGGAUUCGGUAUCUUGCUAAUGGACAUUUCAGAAGGGCCUGUGCUCCUGGACAUGACAUAAACAUCUCAUGAACAUGAGACUUGCAGUUGGACGGACGGUUCAACAAACCACCAGGUCACACGUUAUGUAUUUUGAUUUAGUUUCAUUUCAAAAUGCAACCAAAAAUUCUAGCAAAGAGAUUGUUUACCAACUUACUAAAGCAUGGACAAUACAGCAAUGCGUUUAAAGGAAACAAAGGAAAAUCUAUCACUUAACCUGUCAACAAUUGUUGAGGACUUAACAUCCAACCAACAUGUAUGUUCACAAACCCUGUACCAUAAAUGAGAAAAGCUUCUUGAUUUUCCUUUUCUCUGUGAGCUACUAUGACACUUGCACAGCCCAACCCGGCCCUGCUGAAAACAGACUCUUAUACUUGAAUCAUCAUCAUUCUCAUCUUCAUCGACAACAAGUUCAGCUGUUGGGUUUGGUAGGUGGGCCUGCAGGUGCUACACAAGCUAUGAACAGGGUCUGGAGAGAAAACUUUAUUUUAAAUUAUUAUUAUUAUUAUUAUUAUUAUUAUUAUUAUUAUUAUUAUUAUUAUUAUUAUUAUUAUUAUUAUUAUUAUUAUUAUUAUUAUUAUUAUUAUUAUAUACAGUAUAAAUGUUCUUGUUAAAGGUCCACACAUUCCCAUUAUUUACUAGUCCUUUAUGUUUCUGUACUUACUCUGCAGUCUGACUUGUCUCUGUCUUGUGACAUUUGCAUUUCAUUAGCUUGAAUAUCUUUCUUUUUUCCUUCUUCAAUAGUGCACUUGUGUGUUCCAUUUGGUCUUACUUUUUGAUUUCCUGGUGUAUUCUGCUGUCAUUGUGUUAUUGUCUUCCUUCUCCCCCCUUAAAUAUGAGAUGUCUCCACUCAUUCGCUUUUUUUUUUUUUUUUAAAGUGCUCAAUUUCCCUGUCAUGUGUGUCCAUGUUGUAAAUAGAACAAUGUAAACAAAAUACUAAUGCUGAAUAAAAAUGACAUGUUUUGUUUGCAGA